UGACCUGCUCGAGGUCACCCGGGGGUUUCCUUGGCUGAGCUGAGGACCCAACCCUGCCUCUGUCUCCGCCUUUGGUUGGGUGCCUUCUUCAAGUCCUUCGCGGUUCAUGGCGGUGGGGAACCUCGGCUUUUUAUUUCUGGUUUCUUUGUCGCCGUGGCCUCCCCUGAGGCUGAGAGAGUGUCACCCGCCCGAGGGGGCUUUCCCUGCUGGCUGAGUUGGGAAUCCAGCCCCGUCUCCUUGUUUCCUGGGUGCCUUCAAGGCGACUCUAAGGCGGGGGCGGACCGACAUCCACUGCAAAAGGGUGAAUGAAAUGAGAUGCCUGGAUUCUUGUGUCUGAAGAGUUAAAUUGUUCUUUUGGAGAUUUGUUCUAAAUGAGACUGGCCAAGAUACUGGACCUGUGUGAAGAAGACUAAGGAUACAAUAGGAUGUCAACUGAGACAGAACUUCAAGUGGCUGUUAAAACCAGCACAAAGAAAGAUUCGAAGAAGAAAGGUCAGGAUCGCAGUGAAGCCACUUUAAUAAAAAGAUUUAAAGGUGACGGUGUUCGAUACAAAGCCAAACUCAUUGGGAUUGAUGAAGUUUCUGCAGCACGAGGCGACAAGUUAUGUCAAGAUUCCAUGAUGAAAUUAAAGGGAAUUGUUGCUGCAUCGCGAUCAAAAGGAGAACACAAACAGAAAAUAUUUCUCACUGUCUCCUUCGGAGGAAUCAAGAUCUUUGAUGAGAAGACAGGACUAUUACAGCACCAUCAUGCAGUUCAUGAAAUUUCAUAUAUUGCAAAGGAUAUUACGGACCAUCGGGCCUUUGGAUAUGUGUGCGGAAAGGAAGGGAAUCAUAGAUUUGUGGCAAUAAAAACAGCCCAGGCAGCUGAGCCUGUCAUUUUGGACUUGCGAGACCUCUUUCAACUCAUUUAUGAGUUGAAACAAAGGGAAGAGCUGGAGAAAAAGGCACAGAAAGAUAAACAGUGUGAACAAGCAGUAUAUCAGACAAUUUUGGAAGAAGAUGUAGAAGAUCCUGUUUACCAGUACAUUGUGUUUGAGGCUGGACAUGAGCCAAUCCGUGAGCCUGAAACAGAAGAAAACAUUUAUCAGGUUCCUACUAGUCAAAAGAAGGAAGGUGUUUAUGAUGUGCCAAAAAGUCAACCUGUAAGUCUGGAGAAUGGAAACCUGUUGUUGGACAUAGAUGAAAAUCUUGAUAGAGUCACUCAGGCUGUUCCCCAACUAGAACUGUUUGGGGACAUGUCCACUCCUCCUGAUGUAACCUCUCCCCCUACCCCUGCAACUCCAGGUGAUGCCUUUAUCCCAUCUUCAUCCCAGUCACUUCCUGCUGGUGCAGAAGUAUUUAGUUCUGUACCUUACAGCACUGCUGCUGUACCCUCAGGUUAUGUUGCAAUGGGAGCUGUCCUGCCCUCCUUCUGGGGACAACAACCACUUGUUCAACAACAACUGGCCAUGGGUGCUCAGCCUCCAGUUGCUCAGGUGAUGCAGGGAGGACAGUCAAUUGCAUGGGGACAACCUGGGAUAUUUUCUCCCACCCAGCAACCAUGGCCAUCUGUAGCUGGUCACUUUCAACCUGCUGCCUUCAUGCCAACACAAACUGUUUUGCCUUUACAAGCAGCCAUGUUUCAAGGUACCGUUGCUCCCAUUGCUACUGUUCCACCUACAAGCGAUUCCACCAGAUCAAGUCCACAGACAGAUAGGCCUAGGCAGCAAGCAGGAAAAGAAAUGUUUAAAGAUUUCCAGAUGGCUCAGCCUCCACCAGUGCCAUCACGAAAACCAGAUCAGCCUUCCCUCAGUUGUACCUCAGAGGCCUUCUCCAGUUACUUUAACAAAGUUGGGAUGGCACAGGAAGCAGAUGAUUGUGAUGACUUUGACAUCUCUCAGUUAAAUUUGACUCCUGUGACUUCUACAACACCAUCGACAAACUCACCUCCAACCCCUGCUCCUAGACAAAGUUCUCCAUCCAAAUCCUCAGCAUCUCAUACCAGUGAUCCUGCUGCAGAUGACCUCUUUGAAGAGGGCUUUGAAAGUCCAAGCAAAAGUGAAGAACAGGAAGCGCCUGAUGGAUCUCAGGCCUCAUCCAACAGUGAUCCAUUUGGUGAGCCCAUUGGUGAUACUGUAAGUCCACAGGGCGAUAGCUAGAUAGCACAGGUUGGGGAGAGAGAACCACUCUAUGCCCAGAUCAGCAGACCUAAGAAAUAGUGUUGACCCACGCUUGUGGUGCUUCAAAACUCAAAAGGAAAACUACAGCCUUGACAGGCCUUUGGCUCCCAUAUUUUCUGUGUUGAUCCCAUCUAAUCAAGGAGAAUUAACUUCACUGGAUUAGUUGAGCAAGCAAGAUGUUUUGGCAACCAAUGGCAACUCUUUGGAAAAAGCAUCACUUUACAAAAAAAAAAAAAAUCCUCUUUUUGAAACAGAAUCAUUCACUCCUUCUUUAACAUUUCAGUCAUCCAAACAUUUUUUUACUCCUUGUCAACUUUCACCAUUUUUAGAGCACCACAUAAUGAAAAGUAGGUUAUGCAAAUCUACUAAAUAACUCCUCUUUGUUUAAUAAUAUAGAGAACAUGCAGACAGCAAACACAUCAUGAUGUCAACAGCUAUUGAGCUGCAUGGAUGCACAUGUGGAUUAUAUGGUGGCUUCUUUUAUCACCAUGACAGACUAAUCUUGCUGUAUUUCUUUCCCUUUUAAGCCCCUCCAUAAUGGCAUAUUUGAAAGGGGGAAGUAUCUGAGUGUUUCUUCCCCCUGCCCUUCUUCAAAAUUGGUGAACACGUUCUAGCAGCAAAAUGCCUCCUGUGAAAAUAAUACUUAACUUGAAACCAUGGAAUACGCCAUUCUGCUGAUUAUCCAUCUUGAUUAGAAAAUAUUGCCAAAUGGACCUUUUAAUUUCCACUACAUCAAAGAGAUGAAAUGCUGCUUUUCUGUUUUGAAUACUCCUGCUGUGGGUAGAAAAGGACAUCAAAUGUUUUGAUGGGGAGAAAAAAAGACAAGCAAUGUAUUAUUUCCUAGGGACCUCUUGAAACAAAGACCAGUAAAGGAAUAUUUUUUAUUUCUUUGAUAUCUUGCUGCUGUAAUGCUAUGCAGACAAGUGUUUUUCUUCUUCUCUGUGUGCCAUUUUUGAAGAGAGAAAAAAUUGUUUGCCAAAUACUUCCAGUGUACUUCUGGAUUCGAUUGGGAUGGACUUUAUUACCAAGAUGGAGAUGGCAUGAAUUUUGAAAUAAUGAACAGAUUCCGUGAUCAGAUUGCUCAUCUUUACCACUUUUUGUACAUCAGAAUAAAAACGCAAAUGGGAUUUUUAUUUUAUAACUUGAAAUUAAAAAAAAUCUUACUGUUAAACUCUUUAAAUGUUUAAGGGGAAAUGGCUUUAAGGAGUUUGAAUGAAAUUUGCCAGGGUUUUUUCCUUUGUUUGUUUGAUUUGGGUUUGGGUUUUUUUUGUAAAUAUAAAUGUUAGGAGAAUUCUUUUCAUAAUGCCAUGACACUGUAGAGAAGGUAGCAAAGGUACUCUGGAAGCGUGGAAACCCCCUGUUUGUGGUUCUUGCAUCACCGCAGUUUUUUUCCUUCUUCACGUCCUUAUGGUGUGGGCUGAAGCUUAAAUGCUUAUACCAGUGGCAGUUAGGUUAUCAGCAAACAGUAAUGUUGAUAGGGGGUGGGUCACAUGAUUUAUCUUGCUUUUAUCACACAAAUGUUAGUACAUGUUCUACAUUAAGGGGGGAGAAGUCAUAUUUCAUGACCAUAUCAUAAUAACAACAAACAACAACAAAAACUGUUUACAUACAAACCAGAAACAACUUUUUUAAAACUCUUAGGUUUUUUUAAAACAUUUAUGUAAGAGGAAAUGCAGUGUUUGGUUCCUAUGCUUAGCACAUGAUUUGCAUACAGAAUCUAUAUAUUUUUGCCCUACAAAGAAUUGUUAUACAGGUCAAAUGUCUUUUCCUGAUGUUCCUAUGCAGAUAUAUUGAAUUUUAGUGGUUUAGCACUAAGGGGGAAAUGAACUCAAAUAACAAAUUGUUUUAAGCAUUAUGCAGUGUUUUUUUAAAAAAAUUAAAACGCCAAGAUUCCUGUGUGAUAUCCAUUGAUUUAUGUAGGCCUGAAGUUGUGUAUUCCCAUAUGUUUGAAUCGUUUACUUGAAAGCAUUUUCCACAUGUAGCCAAAAGCUGAAUUGAGAUAAUGAUUUGGUGGUGUUAACAACAGACCUUACUGAAGUAGAUAUGGCAAAGAAACUUGCGUUUUAACACGGAAGAUAAUGUCCUCUUAAAUCAACCCAUAAGUGAGAGCUAAUGCAUUCUCUAUUCCAGUUAAAUCCCUUUUUGUCAUGGUUGGAUCUUUCUAGAAAGUUCACAUUGAAAUUGAGAUCCAAAAUGCAUUUUCUGUAUAGGAUUUCAAAUGUACUGUCAGUUUUGGGCCUAAUCAAAAACAUUCCACAGGGCAUCUCUUUUUAAAGAAUCUUUCAAGUAUUGGUUUGAAAAAGAAAAUUUAUGUUCUUCCAUUGCAAAGCUCUUUACCAUUUUUGUCUUGGAAUAUCAGACAAUAAAAUAUGGAAUUUCAGUUCUUAAUUAAUCAACCUUUAUCAUAUACUGUGAUCACUGGAUUUUCAGUUAUUGGGUAAAUCAUUUAUACCAGAGUUCCAUCAGUUCCUUGGAGACAUCUGUGAUUAUAGGGCUCUGCUGGACUUGCCCAGGAUGUUGGGCGGGGAGAGUACUGGUAGCAUAUGAAAUAGAGUUGAGAUUUCAUGAACAGAAUUCAUGAGGAAAUUGGCUUAAUUUAAACAUUGACUGUUUUCUUUGAAAUGGGAAUUAUCAAUCAUUAGACAAUUCCUUUUUGCCAUAGCCAAGAAGCAACAGAUUUUGGAAACCUGCACUGUGUCCAUUUUGUAGAUAAGUAAAAUGUCCAGGGACGCCAACAAGCUUUCCUUUUCCCCACUACCACUAAAUUUGUCACUUUACAUUUUAAACCAGGGAACCCCACCCACUAUCCUGUAUUGUCUCCAGUAGUUUCUUGAUUCCUACCAUGUCAUUCAAAUAUUUUGACAGUCAUUCAGUUGUCUGACGAAAUAAUCAAAUAAUGUACUGGGCACCUUCUUUGCAAAGAUGUUUACUCUCUAUUUUGAUUCCAUUUUGAUUUCUGCAUUCCAACAUGUAUUUUUUUAAUAAAGAAAAGAAAGAUAAAAUUGACUGUUUUGCAGUACAUUUCUAGAUCUACUUUAACUUUACCUCAGAGGAAAACCAUUUGUUAACAUUUGUUGAGCAUCUUCUUUUCUUAACUUUAUGUAUAAUGCAUUCAGCAGAAAAACAACAAAUUUUUAGAAAUUUUCCAUUAAUUUCUGUAACACACCAUGUAAUACUGUUACAAAUAAAAACAUUUAAAAUCA